AUGAGCACGGCGUCCUGCAAAGAGACGUCGACCGGCGAGGCGCCGCGGCGUGCAGGAAGCGACCUGCUGCUUCGAAAGCUUCCUCUCCUCGCCAAAGUCCAGGCGCUCGAGCAACAACACCCGAAGGACCCACAAGCAGAAUGCAAUCUGCUCUGCUACGGACCGGAGGUGUAUCGCAUUCACUCGAUUGCGUGCCGCCGAGAUGACCGCGGCGUCCUGCAGUCGCGACGAGGUGGACGUCUAGGGGAGGAAGACGAAGGUGACGGCAAUGACGAGAAGAAAAAUUUUCUAUCAAAGAUGGAUGCCGCGGUAGCACUUCCAACACACAUGUCAUUUCUGGCCAUGAUGGAGUUGGAGCUUCGGAAGUCAAUGGAGUCCCUGCAGGACGCCCGCAGAGGGAAGCAGGGCCUGGAAGGGGGGAUUGCGAAUGCAAAAGGUGCAGCGGAGUCCACCGGCGAUAAGAAGAAGAAAAAGCAUGGAGCAAAUUGGGAUGCUCAUAGGAAGCAGAAUGGUGAAAGUGAUGAAGGAGAAACUGAUGAUGAUGAAAGAGUGAAGGAUAUUCUUGGCACCACACGAACCGGAGUGGAAGUUGGGGUGGGGGGUGAGGAGUGUGUCUUGUUGCGUGCCAUUCGUGCGCCUCGGGUGGUGGCGCAUGCGAGGGGCACAACAAUUCCAACGGGGGAGGCGGGCCUCAGCAACUUCAGAAAUGGCAAUAGAAACAGUGAUGCUCGCGACGGAGCUGGAGACGGGUGUAUGCCGUGGGAGCAAAUGCUGGAGAGCAUCAUGAGUCAUUACGACGCCACGGAUGAUGACAAGGGUGGGAAGGCUGUUCAAUCGUACCUCCGCCGAGUAUCAUGGAUCGAACGGCAGAAAAAACUGCAGUCGGGGCUCGGCGUGGCCGCAGAGACGCUUCACCAAAAUGAACAGCCGUGGGGGAGUAUGACGGAUGCGAUGCGAGUGCAGAAGGAGAUGCAGCGCAUGCGUCUUCAACGGAAACGAUUCCGUCGUUUGCAUAAAGGAUGA